AUGUCAUCUUCUGCCCUCCGCACAUCCAUGAGAAUGGCUUCGCGGCCUCAACAACGGCUGGCCAGCAUCCAAAGGCAGUUCAGUAGCUCUGCGCCGCAAAGGAAAGAAAUUAGAGAUGCAUACAUUAUAAGUGCCAGCCGAACGCCAACUGCAGUGUUCAAUGGCAACUUCACUACCGUAUCCGCGACUCAACUCGGCGCCACAGCCAUCAAGUCCGCCCUCGAAAAGUCGAAAGUCCCAAUCUCCUCAAUCGAUGCCGUCUACAUGGGCAACGUCCUCUCCGGAGGCGUCGGACAAGCACCAGCGCGUCAAGCUGCCAUCUUCGCCGGCCUACCCACCAACAUCGAAGCCACGACCAUCAACAAAGUAUGCGCAUCGGGUCUCAAGGCAGUCAACAUCGCCGCCUCGACCAUCGAGCUCGGACAAGCGGAAGCGCAAGUUGCAGGAGGCAUGGAGAACAUGACCAGAGUACCAUACUAUCUGAACCGAGCAAGCCAACAACCAGCAUUCGGCCACCAGAAGCUGCAAGACGGCCUGAUCGCCGACGGACUAUGGGAUGUCUACAACCAGAUCCACAUGGGCAACUGUGCGGAGAACACAGCCAAGAAGUACGAAGUCUCAAGGCAGGACCAGGACGACUACGCAAUCGAGACCUACAAGCGCGCACAGCAGGCAUACAAGGACGGACUCUUCAAGGAAGAAAUCGUCCCGGUCACUGUCAAGUCGAAGAAGGGCGAGACAAUCAUCUCCGAGGACGAGCAGUACAACAAGCUGAAGCUGGACAAGGUCUCCACACUGAAGCCAGCGUUCGAGAAGGGGCCAGACGGCUCAGUCACAGCUGCGAACAGCUCCCCUCUCAGUGACGGUGCCUCAGCACUGAUACUAGGAAGCAAGGAAAUCGCCCAGAAAUACGGCAAGGACAGCCGCGUACUAGCAAAGGUAGUCACCUACGCUGAUGCCGCUGUUGACCCCAUCGACUUCCCCGUCGCCCCCGCCUCCUGCGUCGAGAAGCUGCUCAAGCAAUCCGGCCUCUCAAAGAACGACAUCGCCAUCUGGGAGUUCAACGAGGCCUUCGCCGCCGUCAUCAAGGCCAACGCCAAGAUCCUCGGUCUCGGCACCGACAAUGUAAACCCAAGGGGAGGUGCUAUUGCUCUGGGACACGCACUGGGUAGCUCUGGAAGCAGGAUAUUGGUUACACUGCUGCAUCAGCUGCAGGUUGGACAGUAUGGCGCUGCUGUUAUCUGUAAUGGAGGCGGCGCGGCGUCAGGUAUUAUUGUGCAGAGAGUCAGCGCGGAUCAACUUUAG